AUGGACAAAUCGUCCAUCACUUACAGUCCGAACACAACAAAAGAGAGUGAAGUGGAGAUUGGAAGGGUGCUAGGAGUGAAGGCGAGAGAUGGGAUUCAAAGAUACCUGGGCUUGCCAGCUUUCUCUCUAAGGAAAAAAAGGCUUCAAUUUAGGUAUUUGAGAGAUAGAAUGGAGAAGAAAGUACAGACGUGGAGCCAACGAGAUUUCUCUGCAGGGGGAAAAGAAGUUCUCAUUAAGUCGGUGGUGCAAGCAGUGCCGAUUUAUGCAAUGCAAUGCUUUCGAUUACCGGACUCGAUUUGUGACGACAUGCAUAGGAUUUGUGCGGCGUUUUGGUGGGGUGAUAAGGAGAACGAACGGCAUUUGCAUUGGAAGAGAUGGGAUAAGUUGUGUAUACCCAAAGACAAAGGAGGGAUGGGCUUUCGGGACUUUAAAGUUUUUAAUAAGGCGUUGGUGGCGAAGCAAGUGUGGCGUAUGCUGACGAGGCCGGAUUCGCUGGUUACAAGGGUUUUUCGUGCAAAAUAUUUUAAAGAUGGGGAUCUAUUGAAUACACCAGUCCCUGCUCGUGCUUCUUAUGUGUGGAGAUCCAUGGCUUGGAGCCGAGAGAUCAUAAAAGAUGGUAUGGGAUGGAAGAUGGGCAAUGGACAUAACAUCUGUAUUUUUUAG